GGUCGUCUAUGGCAGAGAUCGAGAGCCCGUCCGAGGCCGCCUGGAAUUCCGAGCUCUGAGCUCUGGUUGAGUUGGGUUGGGUUUGGGGGUCGAGUUAAUGUGCAGUUGGAAAAGCUCAGUGCUCGCCUGACAUGACAGUUGAAAAGAAUGCGUGGUGGCGGUGAACUUCCUUCGCCUUCACCUCGCGAGAACUCUAGUUUGUUGCUCUGUGCAUAGACAGAGACAGAGAGAGAGAGUGCGGCAGAAAGAGAACAAGAAGGAGGGAAGCGACGAAGGGGCAAAUAGUGCAGAGUAGCAACGGCGGCAGCGGCAGCAGCAGAGGACGACGAUGAUGCCGGAGGAGGAGGAGUAAGUAGCAGGAGGAUCAGGAGGAGCAGCAGCUAAGCUGUGCCUGAUCGCCAGCCUUGACUGCAGCAACAGCAGGCAGGGAGGGCAGGGCAGGGCAGGAAGACCAGGUUCAGGAAAAGGCAAGGGAGUCAGAUUUGGCAGGGGGGUGACCACAUCAUGAGGUGACAGAGCAAGAUUGGCGGUGGUGGGGACGAGGGCGGAGGAGACAGUUCUGUGAAAGAGAGAAAGAGAGAGUAGAGAGAAGAGAGGGAAGUUGCACGAACUUCGGGGCCUGUUCAGUGUGGGAGUUGAGAGAGAAAGACAGACACACAGAGAGCUUGUGGUCCAUGGAAGGAAGAAGAAGAAGAAGAGGCAUCCGAUUGCGGAGCUGAGAGCAUUGUGCUGCUUGUUGGCUGGCUGGCAUUCGCUCUGUCGGCCAAAUUUCGCACAUCGCGAACGCAAGCGAGCACGAGCACAGGGCGACAGAGUCAUGACAGCAGCAGCCUCAGCAGGCCACAUUCCGCCUGCUGCUGCUGGGCCUUCCUCUUCGGCUCCUCGCUAAGCAGCUGCUGCUGCCUUUCGAGUCGCGCCCUCCCAUUUCGAUGCGAGCCCUUGACAGGAUGGAGCUUCUCGUCGUCGUAGGACUCGUUUACGAGGGAGCUGGUAAACCGUAGAGCAAGUAAAUCAAUGUCGUUGCCUGCAUUGUUGUUCGUCUAGACGACGGAGGAAGGAAUUGGGGGAUCGAGAUACUCUCGCAUCGGAGCGAUCGGGACAACGGGACGGACUGUCGAUCGACUGGUGAGCCAGGGCUUGCUGUGCUCGAGGAAGAGCGAGCUUUGUGGCCGGCCGGUGGAGGUAGGGAGCCAUGCCGCUCGUACGUUAUGAGAUCCGCAAUGAGCACAGCCUCGCCAAUCCGCAGCUUUACAGAACUGCUUCCAAGGAUGAUCCUGAAGGGCUGCUGGAAGGAGUGGCGAUGGCGGGUCUCGUCGGCAUUGUUCGCCAGCUCGGUGACCUAGCCGAGUUUGCUGCAGAGAUAUUUCGUGAUUUACAUGAAGAAGUCAUGGCUACUGCAUCUAGGGGACAUGAAUUGAUGGCUAGAGUGCAACAGCUGGAGGCGGAAAUGCCAGCUGUAGAGAAGGCCUUGCUAUCUGAAACCAACCAGCUUCGCUUCGCUUACACUCCAGGAGCGGAGUGGCAUGCAAGCAUACGUAAUGACCAAAAUCAUUGCACACAAGGGGACCUGCCAAAAUUUAUACGGAAUUCGUAUGAAGAGUGUAGGGGACCUCCUCGACUGUUUUUACUGGAUAAGUUUGAUAUUGCGGGCGCUGGAGCUUGCUUGAAGCGAUACACGGAUCCUUCGUUCUUCAGAACUGAGUGGGCGAGCUCAGAGUUGAUGAAGGCAGAACGAGCUCAGCGAGACAAGAGAGCCCGAAGAGAAAAGAAGGGUAGACGGCGCCGGAAUGUGGAUGGGAAGGAGAGUAUCCCUGUGGAUCAACUUCACUCCAGGUUCAACCCCGAAUACAGCAAAGAGCUUGUUCCUCCUGGACCUGAUAUGCUCCCAAGGAUGUGGCAUCUGCCAGUUGCAGACAGGUCGGAACAGGCAUUGGAGAAUCUGAACUACAAUCCAAGCAUCGGAUUUGUUGCUAAACAGGAUUCUCACGCUGCAAGCCAUGAGUAUGGAAGGGGUGGUGCCAGCUCCUAUAGUCUCCACAAACAGGACUCUCAAAACAGCAUAGAUGGUCUCCAAAGGCUGGAUUCUCAAAACUCUGGUAUGUCCAGGCUGGAUUCCCAGACAAGCAUGGAUCCAGAUCGCCAGCACUACGAGGAUGAACCUACAACAUCUCGUCAUAGUGGUGGAUUGUACAGAAUCCGGGACGCAGACACUGGAGACGUGUACAGUGAAGAAGGAAUGUCUAGAAAGUGGGAGGAUGUCGAUUACAGUGAAGAUGUGAUCGAGGAGAAGCCUCAGCCGUCUCGACAAGAGACCUUCAAGGAUUCAGAUGAAGUUGCCAGCGAAGGGGAUCAGUUCCUUGACGCCCUUGCAACGAUGGAAUCAGAAGCCGAUUCUGACUCAGAGCCUAGAACCAGGCACUACGCAGACGCUAGCUCCGAUCGAAUGUCUGAUCUCAAGGACAGCAACAGCAACUCUCCCCCGAGAGACGAGGGAAGGGCCUUAGGCUUAGACUCGCGAAUCUCCAGUAACGAAAACUUGUCACUUAGAGAGCAGCAGGCUCGAGGCUCUUUACGAGGAGAUAGCCCUGGCACAGUUUCUAGCGAAAAGCUCGAUAUUAGUAAAAUAGUGUCACCUCCUCUCAGAGUCCAUGUUAGAAGAAAUAGCAGUGAUUCUAGUUCUAGUUCAAGCUCCAGUUCAAGUUCGAGCUCAAGCCCGAGUCCAAGAGCUGGCAAGCAAUAUGAGGAUUUCUCACAGUCUCACGAGAUACAAGCCGAUGAACGUCUGGAGAAGGAACGGGAGGAGGAGCUUCAGAGAGAGCACCAAUUCAAGAAAGAGCAGGAAAGACUGCAGCAAAUUCAGCUCCAACUUCAACAACAGAGGGAGGAAGAGCUUCGACAGGAGCAGCUGCGCAAGGAAGAAGCGCGCCAGGAAGAGCUCCGCAAGGAGGAACUUCGACAAGAGGAGCUCCGCAAGGAAGAGCUUCGCAAAGAAGAAGCCCGACAGGAAGAAAUCCGUAAGGAGCAGAUUCGAAAGGCCGAGCUCGAAAAGGAACGAGUUCGACAGGAGAAGCUCAGAAUGGAACAGAUUCGGCAGGAGGAGUUCCGUCGGGAACAACAACGACGAGAGGAACUGCGCAGGGAGCAAGCUCGACUCGAAGAGCUGCGCUUGGAGCAGAUCAGGCAGCAGGAGCUGAGGCAGAAGGAGGAACAGAGGCUGCUGGAGGAGCGCCAAAAGGAACGCAAGCAAGAGGAAGAACGUCAAAGGUUGAUCAGAGUCUCGGUCUACUCUGCCCGCAAGCCUCAAGUGGAGGAGCUCACCACCAGGACUCUGCCUCCGCUUUCUUUCCACUCCUCCACACCCCCUUCUGCUCCGAUUGAAGUGGAAGUACCCUCGCCGACUUCGAGCCGUAUGUCAUUGAGUUCCGGUUCAUCUCCUGACUCGCCCGUGUUCAGUGCUUUACAUUCUCUGUCUCCGAUCAGAACUUCCCGCAACAUUCUUUCUUCUCCAGAGUCGAGGCCCGGGUUUGUCACCAGACCGGGCUAUGCAAGUGAGCUUAUCAUGAGUCCAACCUCCCCAGUUCCCAUUCUAGCCCUGGCAAUGUCUCCCACGUCGAGAUCCGGGUCUCCUCCACCACCCCCUCUCGAGUGGCCAGGUAUGCACUUCAUCGACAGUCCCACUCUCUCUCCUUCUAACUCGUUCGGUAGAUAUGAGGCACGGUCCCCCUCCAAUUCUCCGAAAGCUCAUGAAGUGAGAUCGUCUUCCAUUUCUCCGAGGAAGCCUGAAGCAAAAUUCUCUUCUGUUUCCUCAAAGGAGGCAGAAGUUGAAGAGGCGUCUCCUGUUUCCCAAGGGGAGCCUCUGCAAGUGAUGAAGCCCUCUCCUAUCCCUCCAAGGGAACUGCAAUUGAGGCCGUCCGCCACUCCUCUGGACCUCGAGAGAAGAUCUCGGUCCAGCUCGCCCGAGGAGCCUCGAGGAAGAUCUCGGUCCUCUUCACCAUCACCCAAGCAGCCUGAAGUGACAAAAACUGAAUUUGAGUCAUCGCCAUCAUCUUGGGAAUCUGAAAGAGUCCAGUCGUCCACUUUGUCGAAGCUGCCUGCAGAAAGGUCUCCAUCAUUGUCACCCAAAGAGCCCGAAGCUGCUUCUGCGUUCAAUCGUGCACAGGACCCGCUUUUCGAGGCUCCUUCUGUCUCAGCGAAGGAACCCGUCUCGACACAGGACAUCAGCGAUGUGCAAAAGGGUGAAUCGAAACCGGCGGUCGAUGCACCAGAGAAGCGCGAAGUAGUAUCGGUGUCAUCUUUAUCGAAAGAGCAGGAUGCUGAAGGUACUCCUGUGGCAGAGAGCAGUGAUGUACCAACCACUGGACCUAAACCUUCCUCGUCGUCACCAUCCCGGGAGCCGGCUGAGGGUGCAAGCUCAAAACUCAAGGAGCUGGAAAUACCCGAAGAUGAUCUCUAUGAGAAGGAAACUGCGAAGUCCGCCUCAGAUGAUUCUGACUUUUCUCCUCCCGUAUCACCUUCAAGCUCUGCAGAGGAUUUCUCGUCUUCAGUGGCAGUGAAGAUAUUGGCCGACUUCUCGUCGGCUGUACCUUCGUCAGAGAACCUCGCGGAGCUUGCGUCCGUAUCCAGGGCAAUAUUUAAGAAAGAUCUUCUUUUACCUCAAUCUGAAUCUGAAACCGAGUCUGAGCCUUCUCCUUCAGACCGUCAGAGACAUAUCGAAGAUAAUGCCUUCAUGCCACUACCUUCUAAGCUAUCAGAAGUGUACCCCUCCGCAUCAUCCACGUCGUACAAUGAUGCUACCCCGUACAAUGAUGCUCCAUCCAAAUCUCCUUCACCAUCCCGGUCAACAGCAGCUGAUGGCGCAUCAUCUGUUCGGGUUCCUUCACCACCACCCCCACCACCACCACCAGUGGCGUCGAGAACCGCCCUGGAUCCAAUGCUGAGAAGUGAACAUGAUCUUCGUUCAUCGCCACCCUUCAGGAAAACGGAAAUCUCUUCUUCAGCUCUGAGCUCUGCACAACUUCCUCCGCUUCCGCCCCUCAAGACUGCAAACGAUCUGAUAUUGUCGAAAGCACCUUCGAAGUCUGACUCGAGGUCUCCAGCCUCUGCUCUUUCUGUUCCUCCUGCCCCAACACCACCCUCAAAGCCCUUGCUUGAUUUCCGGGGAUCUCCCUCCAGAUCCGUGAGUUCCCUUCCGACCUUGUCACCACCCGGUUCAAGACCUCUGCAUAAUCUUCCUCCCCCGACUCCUCCCACUAAAAAUCAAAAUCAAGGUGGUGGCGGCGACUUCAAUCCUGCACCGAUGUCCACGAGAACUUUGCAUGAGCUUCCACACCCACCACCUCCACCUUCACGUACUCUGCACGAACUUCCUCCACCUCCCCUUUCCGCAGCAAAACGAGGGUCGACAGUUGCAGACGUUCAGGAUGCUCUUCUGGAGGCUAUAACAUCACACGAUAGAAGCAUGCUUAAGAAGGUGAAGACCAUGCAAAAUCCAGUGGUUAGGAAACCGGAUGAUCGAAGUCACCUUCUGGAGCAAAUUCGUGCUCAGUCUUUCAACUUGAGACACACAGUGGUGGAGAAGGUUGAACCUCCUCCUGUCCGACCGACAAACAGUAUCAGUGUUGCCGCCAUCUUAGAGAAGGCCAAUGCUAUUCGACAGGCAUUCGCGGGUAGCGAUGAAGAUGACGAUAACGAGGAAGACUGGAGUGACAUGUGAGGAAUCUGUACAAGUGUGAGGGCCAGGGCCCCGAAAGAAUGUCUUCCAUCUUGCAUCAGGUCUAGUCAGAAGAGCAGGCUGCCUCUUGAGGUUCCAUAUUGUUACUGACAACGCACAAUUGGUUGCAGACAAAAGAAGGAAUGAUGAUGAUGAUGAUGAUGAUAUUUCAACAUCCAACAUCUGUACAUUAGAAGAAUAGGUAAGCUCCCCAAAUCAUGUUCCCUCAUGUUCAUGACGUCAAACUGGGCUGUUGUGCCCCUGCCCUUCCUUGCUGCUGGCAUCGACUCCAGCAGCUCGUUUUGUCAAAAUGGGGCGUCUGAGUUUCAUUUUCAGGGCCUACAGAUCAGCUUCCAAGUGUCGUCAUAUAUGGUUCACUGUUGAUAUACUGAUCUUCGAAGCAAGCCUGAUUCGCAGGGUCCUGAAGAGCUCAGGAGGCCCUUCGCUUGACAGUAUAGAAGUGAUUUGACCAUCCGGAGAUUUUCUCUGGACUUAGACUGUAUAAGAUGUAAUUUAGUAUACUCUCGUUCAGCUCCCGUUCAGAGCUGAGUUUAGGCAGUUUUCUUGUCACCAAUUAUAGUAGAAAGAUCAGCCCUUUUGCCAGCCAGCGCGGGGCCGUGCAUUACUGUUGUGUACUUUUAUGGUGCUCAAAGUUUAAAGAGAGUGCAGAGAAUUAAAUUUUUUCCAGGAUUUCCA